AUGGACGCUGCCAUGGAGCUCGGGCACCUGGCCAAGCCGGAAAAUGGAGAAGAAGCGAGGUCCGACACGCAGGAGAAGCUGGCGGUGCGCAAGGUGCGCUUCGCCAUCGCCAACGCCAAGAGCCGACUGUACGACAUGUUGGCGGCCACGAACCUGCUCAAGCGCAUCCUGGCCAACGACCCCACCAUUUCCGUGGAGGAGGCGGUGACCAUGAUGCGCGACCUGCCGCCUCUGGCGGACAAGUCCUCAGCGGCUGCGUCUGGCACGUCCACGGCCAGCAACCCGGUGUAA